AUGAGGUGUUGCUGUAUCGCGGGACACACAGCUCCCAAACUUCACAUGGACACCCCUUCGAAUUCACCGUCGAAAUUCACACAGGACAAUUUGAGAAACUAUGGUAGGCCGUUCAUUCUUCCUCCGAAGAAACGAACUCCAGCUGGUCCUCCGCCCAAGAAGAAGCCCAGAGUCAAGCUAGCUCAAAACCUCAGUCUCACUGCGGAGGAGGAAAAAGAAGUGCGUGCUGCCUUUGGAUACUUCACAGAUCCUGAAGAAUUAGGGAACGAUGUGAUUUUAUCCAAAAACCUGAAAAAGGUCUUUAGCGCGUUGGGCUUCAGUCUUUCUACUGGUGAAGUCAGAGAUAUUCUAAAGUCAAUAGACCCAGAUGAUGAAGGGUUUAUCACAUAUGAGCUAUUCCUUGAGGUUGCAGCAAUGAAGAUCAAGGAUCGUGAUAAGAAAGAAGAAGUGGAAAAAGCGUUCUCACUAUUCACUGGCGGUGACGACGAAGGUCCCAUUACUCUACAGCAUUUGAGGAAAGUCGCGAAGGUCCUCAAUGAAAACGUAAGCGACGAUACAUUGAGGGAGAUGUUAAGAGAGGCAUCAGCCAGCGGUGGAAUGGAUGUCGACAAGAGGGACUUCGAAGAUGUCAUGAGGAGGGCCGGUAUCUUAUGA